AUGAACAUCGACACAACUUCAAUUGCGGGCUACACAAUCUUUCGGGCCGAGGACACUGGUUCCUCAGUAGUAGAGCCUUCGCUGCAGCAGCCCCUCGUGCAUCCGCUGGACCAGCUGUCGAUUCAUGAAAUCACCCUCGCUGCCAAGAUCCUCCGCCAGCAUGCUCAGCCCAAAGAGCUCAAGUUCAACUGCAUCACCCUGCGUGAGCCCCCCAAGGCCGAAUACGCCGCCUUCCGCGAGCGGCGUGGCCCCCGCCCGGACCGCAAGGCUUUCGCCAUUGUCCUGGUCCGUGGCACCAUCGUCUGCGCCGAGGUCGUCGUGAAUCUCGCGUCGGGCGUCGUCGAGCUCUGGAAGGAGGUCACCGAGGUCAACCCGACCCUGACCCUCGAGGAUCUCGACAUCACCGAGCGCGUCUGCCGCGCCGACCCCCGCGUCAUCGAGGCCUGCCGCGAGCUCGGCAUCACCGACAUGGCCAAGGUCUACAUUGACGCCUGGGCGGUUGGUUUCGACGAGCGCUGGGGCCACGAUCGCCGCCUGCAGCAAGGCAUCGUGUACUACCGCAACUCGGCCAACGACAACCAGUACGCCCACCCGCUCGACUUCACCAUUGUCGUCGAUACGGAGCGCGAGGAGGUGCUGAGCGUCGACAUCCGCCGCGUCAACGGCGAGCGCACGGCCGUGCCCCUCGAGGAGCACAACUUUUUGCCCGAGUUCGUUGGCGACCAGUACGUCGAGAACCUGCUGAAACCCAUUGACAUUACGCAGCCGCAGGGCGUCUCGUUCCGCAUGCGCGGCAACGAGCUGGCCUGGGGCCAGUUCAAGAUGCACAUUGGCUUCAACUACCGCGAGGGCAUUGUGCUGUCGGACGUGCGCGUCGACGACCCGACCGCCGGCCGCCAGCGCACGCUGUUCAACCGCAUGUCCGUCGUGGAGAUGGUGGUGCCGUACGGCGAGCCCAGCGCGCCGCACCACAAGAAGCACGCCUUCGACGUCGGCGAGUACGGCACGGGCCUGAUGACCAACUCGCUGCAGCUGGGCUGCGACUGCAAGGGGGCCAUCCACUACCUGGACGCCAUUGUCUCGACGGCCCGCGGCGACGCGGCGGUCAUCAAGAACGCCGUCUGCAUCCACGAGGAGGACAACGGUCUGCUGUACAAGCACACCGACUACCGCGACGGCACCGUCAUCACGGCGCGCGACCGUCGCCUGAUUAUCUCGCAGGUGAUCACGGCGGCCAACUACGACUACUGCUUCUACCACAUCUUCACGCUGGACGGCACGUACAAGCUGGAGAUUAAGCUGACGGGCCAGCUCAACACGACGUGCAUGCACCCGUCAGAGACGGCCGCGCCGUACGGCACGGAGGUGGCCCCGCGCAUCAACGCACACAACCACCAGCACAUCUUCUCGCUGCGCAUCGACCCGGAGAUUGACGGGCCCAACAACUCGGUGGUCAUGACGGACGCCGUGGCGGCGGAUGAUCCGGUGGGCUCGCCGGGCAACCCGUACGGCAAUGCCUUCUUGGCCAAGAAGACGCUGUUGCGGACGGCCAAGGAGGGCGCCACGAGCUACAAGCACGAGACGAGCCGGUCGUGGAACAUUAUCAACCCCAGCUCGCUCAACGAGACGGCGCACACGCCGGUCGGCUACAAGAUCAUCAACAACAACUGCCCGGCCGUGCUGGCCAAGCCGGGCAGCAUGGUCUGGAAGCGGGCGGCGUUUGCGCGCGAGUCGCUGUUUGUGGUGCCGUACAAGGACUACGAGCUGUUCCCGGCCGGCGACUACGUGCCGCAGUCGGACGGCGCGGUGGGCCACCCGCACAACGCCACCGUGCUCGACUGGGUCGAGCGCGACGAGAACAUUGCCGACACGGACAUUGUGUGCUACGUCCAGUUUGGCCUGACGCACUUCCCGCGCUGCGAGGACUUCCCCGUAAUGCCGUCGGAGCCGGUGAGCGUCAUGCUGCGCGCGACCAACUUCUACCAGAAGAACCCGGCGCUGUGGGUGCCGCCGUCCAUUGUGGCCGUCGACGCGUCGUCGACGCAUGCCUUUGCCAAGGGCAACCACAGCGCCGCGCAGCCGGUGACCGGCGAUGCCGCUGCGACAACGACGACGGCGAGUGGGUCGUGCUGCUCCGGCAGCAAGCCGCGACUGUAA